AUGACAUCAGUGACAGGCAUUGUCAGUCAUUGUUGUUCCAAGGCUUUUGGGACGAUUGCAAGUAUCAAGUCCAAAAUCCCGACACAAACCACAACCCCUUCAGGAACCGGCUACGCCAUGAACGGGAAGAUUUUGUCGUUUCUUGUGGCCAUCGAACGUACUGGGGGAUGGGUGGUCGACAACCGUUUUGCGGGUUCCCGAGCAACGACAGACAGCCGUUACGCCCGGCUACCCGAAGACAGUGAGAUACGGAUGAUGGCGUCAUCUCUGUACGUCAGAGAGAGCCUGCAGCAGAACAUUGUAAGGGUCACCCAGGUCAAGUCAAACGACAUGGAGAAGCAAAGCAUGGUACCGUGCUGGUCCGCCGAUGGGGUGGAUGCUAUUCUUCCAACUCGGAAAAUCUGCAUCCACCGCCAUUUCCCCCUCAACCCUUGUCCAUUUACGGACUAUCCCCUGAUCAAUAAGCUUCCUCUCGUAACCUAUGCCCUGGCCCUUUCGCCUGGAAGCACCAAUCCGAUGAGACAUUGCUCUCUCUGA